GUUUUGAGGAACGUUUCGUUCCACUACUCUACUCGGUUUGUUUUGACAGCGGAAAGAGUUUGGUUAUUAUUUUGGUUAUUCAAUUGAACCGUCAACAACUGGUGUUUGAUUGGAAAAAUGAAUCUUGAAUUGCUCGAGUCAUUUGGGCAGAACUACCCGGAAGAGUUUGACGGAUCGCUGGAUUGUAUUUCGCUGGCGGUGACUUCGGCUUUCAACAAAUAUGGGACGCUGCUGGCGGUGGGAUGUAAUGACGGACGUAUUGUGAUUUGGGACUUCUUGACGCGAGGAAUUGCGAAAAUCAUAUCGGCGCACGUUCACCCGGUGUGCAGUAUAAGUUGGACACGCAAUGGUCGAAAGCUCCUUUCAGCCUCAACGGACAAUAAUGUUUGCGUCUGGGACGUGCUUAGCGGCGAAUGCGAUCAUAAAUACAGAUUUCCGUCUCCGAUUUUGAAAGUUCAGUUUGAUCCUCGAAAUGAUAGCCGUUUUCUUGUAUGUCCGAUGCGAUAUGCUGCUGUUCUGGUCAAAAUUGGAAGCGGCCACCAGUGCCUUCCUCUAGAUAAUGAUGGUGACUUGAAUAUUGUAGCGUCUUUCGACAGACGCGGAAAGCAUAUCUACACGGGAAAUGCAAAAGGAAAAAUACUUGUACUUGACGUUAAUACACUUGAAGUCGUUGCCAGCUUUCGAAUAGUCGUGGGUUCAUCGAGUGCAACAGCUGUUAAAAGUAUUGAAUUUGCUAGACGAGGAGACGCAUUUCUGGUGAACACAUCUGAUCGUGUGAUAAGAGUUUACGAUUCGAAGCAAGUGGUCUCUCUCGGAAAGGACGGUGAACCUGAACCUAUUCAAAAGCUACAAGACCUUGUAAAUAAGACAACUUGGAAAAAAUGUUGCUUUUCCGGCGAUGGCGAAUACAUAUGUGCUGGCAGUGCCAGGCAACACGCACUUUACAUAUGGGAAAAAUCCAUUGGCAACCUCGUGAAAAUAUUACAUGGCACCAAGGGAGAACUACUUUUGGACGUUGUGUGGCAUCCGGUUCGUCCCAUUAUCGCAAGCAUAAGCUCUGGCCUCGUUUCAAUAUGGGCUCAAAAUCAAGUGGAAAAUUGGUCUGCUUUCGCCCCGGAUUUCAAAGAAUUGGAUGAAAACGUUGAAUAUGAAGAGAGGGAGUCUGAAUUCGAUAUUGAUGAUGAAGAUAAAUCAGUUGAUCUAUCUGCUGAAGCAAAACAAGAUGAGGAGAUUGAAGUAGAUGUAACAAAAGUCGAACCUGUGGCAGCAUUUUGUAGUUCUGAUGAGGAGAUGGAAGAUGACAGCGCGUUACAAUUUUUACCUAUGGCACCAGAAGUUGAGGACCCUGAAGAUGGUUGGGCGGCUCACGAAGGAAACGAGAGUAGUGUUUCGAAAGAAAAUGAUGCCGGCUCUGAUGAUACUAGUUCUGGGAUUUGUUCAUUGCCCAAAAGACGAAAACCACAAAAUUACGAUGUCAGUUUACCAGAAGCUCCGACAGAAGAAACACAUCCGCUUUUACAGAAUAAGAGUAAUAAGGAUAAACAAUCAAUCUCCGGGAAAAAGGGAGCAGGUCGACCGAAAAAGUAGUUUGUAUGGAUAAGAACUAUAUUAUUUAAUUCAAGUUUAUAACAGAAUUGAAAAAUAAUAUUUUUGUAAAAUUAC